AUGCUCAAGAAUCAUCGUCAAAUCAUGGCCAAAGCCAAAGAAAAAUGGACAGGCACUAUAGACUGUCCCAUGUGUGGGGAGCCACAACCUCCUGGACCUCAUCGAGCGGCUCACGCGAAGCGAUGCGGCAAAACCUACAAUAUUGCUCCGAAGGAGUUGCUCAGGCUAAUGGAAACUCAGCGCCUUGUCUCGGAUGUUAAGAAACGGAACAGUAUGAUACACACCAAGGCACCCAUUCCCCAAAAGAAAGAGGUACUACCGCCGAAGUUAAAAGGUGAGCCGAAGUCGUUACUCGAUGAAAACAUCCAGCUUGCAAAAGCGCUCUCAGCAAGUUUGGAUUCACAAUCCUUCGAUCCAGUUCAUGACAGUUCGCCACAGUUCACAAGAAUCAUCGACGAUGCUAAUGAGAGAAGACGCAAGCGGCCGCGAUCUUAUGCCGUUGUGGAACUGGCCCCACGAUCCUGUAGGUGCGAGGUGAUUCAAAAAGUACAAAAUCGUUUUCUGGAGACGUUCCGUGUUCGCAAGACCAACGGAGUAACCUUGUCUCAUACGGAGUUCUGCAAGCGUCGAGCUGCUCGUACCAGUGUGUUCAUGCAGAAUCAGACCCGUCUCUUGCAAAAG